ACCAAAUACAAUAAAAGAAAAAAAAAAGAUUAAAACCAGCGACGACUCGUGGGAGACGAAAGCUUCUUAACCGAGGCCUCGAUAUGAUACGAGUAACAAGGUCUUUGUUAACCUUGGCGAAGAGACGCUUUUAUAUGUCUUUAAGGAGAAAAAAUGACUUCCCCAGUAGCGUUGGUGGCGGCUUGGGCAAGAAGGUUAGUCCGACCUGGUAGACGGCAGCCGAUUGUUGUUGAAACAGCACACCAGCCAGUCAAUGGGCGUGGUGGUUGUUAGCACAGAGCAGGUCAGCAGCUACACUCGUUAGAAUAGACAAACUCGUCCCUAUAACAGAAGACGAAUUCGUGUAAAAAUGUCAAACGAAACGCAACAAGAUGAUUACGAUGCAGAGCAGUUGAGACUUAUGGAGGAAGUCUGUAUCGUUACUGACGAGAACGACAACCAAAUUGGUACAGGCUCUAAGAAAGAAUGUCAUUUGAUGGAGAACAUUAACAAGGGUCUUUUGCACCGUGCUUUUUCCGUUUUCUUGUUCGACGAGUCCCAUCGUUUGCUUUUGCAACAACGUGCUGCAGAAAAGAUCACUUUCCCCUUGCUCUGGACGAAUACAUGCUGCUCUCAUCCCUUAGACAUUCCUUCAGAACGUGGUACCAACUUCCAAGAGAACAUUCACGGCGUGAAGUGUGCUGCAAUCCGUAAACUCGAUCAUGAAUUGGGUAUCAAGGCAAACCAAUUGCCCAUAGAAAAGUUUCAAUACUUGACUCGUAUUCAUUAUCUCGCUCCCAGCAAAGGUAAAUGGGGCGAACACGAAAUCGAUUAUAUCCUCUUCUUCAUCGGCAAGGUGGACCUGGACAUUAACAAGAACGAGAUUGAGACUUAUAAAUACGUGACCGCUGAUGAAUUGAAAGCCAUGUUUGCUGAUCCUAAAUGUUCCUUCACCCCUUGGUUCCGUCUUAUUUGUGAGAACUUUUUGUUUAAAUGGUGGCAGAGUAUGGACGAUUUGAAGACAUUUGAAGAUGAUAAGAUUCAUAGAAUGAAUUAAUUGAAGACGUGCUCACGUCCUGAUGGAGUGGUUCCGUUCGAUUUUGAUAUUGAUAUACGACCAAGGUCACUCUCAAAGUAUAUUCAAAAACAUAGUAAAGCCAUUAACGAAAAAGCUUAUCCAGGACCGGGUUGAGUAACUUGAAGUGCGGAUACAUUGUUUUAUAAGUUCAUUCUUGUUAUUUUCCGGAUAUGAGACAUUUGGAAAAGGUUAGUGAACCAUAUUAGGAGUCGUCAACAAGGUCUACUCAUUUCCAAUUGUACUGCUAAUUAAUCUUAAACGAGCUAUAGUUACCCGUACGCUUGAACACUUUCUACAAUAA